AUGGACGACAAUAUAGAUUGGCCUGUAAUUUAUCAGCGAAUUAGAACGUCUUUUCAAGAUGUACUCGCAGAGCCAAUCGUAAAUAAAUUGAGAAAAGAGCAAUUUAAUAGAGCGAGUCUCUACCAAUUAUUGAAGAUUGCAGAGCACAGAAAUGACGAUCCAACUUCUUUAGAUUACCUCCAUAAAUGGGUUAAAUCUGAGAGUUAUGAUAUUAUACCUCCACCAAAGAGAGGUCCAGGUAGACCACCAAAAUCAGCACAAUUGGAGAAUGAUGAAGAAGCUGUAGAUAUACCCUACAAACACGUUUGGAAAACAGGUGAUCCAGUUCCUUUACAGAAUUCUCACAAACCAGCAGAGAAAGUUGGUGGUGGUCAAGCACUCUACACGACCUUCCCAGCUCGAAUAAAGCAAGGUAUAACAACAUUAAUGCAACCAGUUAAUAACAUACUCAAUCAACAAGCUACGCAAGCUAUGGCCAAUUCUAGAAGAAAAGGUUUCGUAAACUACGCCGAGAGGGAUCCAGAUGAAUUUGAAGAGGAAUAUGAUAGUGAUGAUGAUUCUGGUAGUCGUAGACGGUCGUCUAGACGGCAGACCGAGGGUGGAUCAACUGGUCCAUCAACACCUAUGCCAGGUGGUAUCAGACGUGGUGAUCAAUUUAGUUACGUUGGUUCUUAUCUAGGUGAUAUACCACCAGGUGCAUCCAUAGUUUCAGAGUUUUUAGAUAAAGAUAGGAUGUUCAAAUUACAAUAUGCUUCUGAGAGAGAACUUGAAGGAAAUGCAGAGAGAACGUUCUUACCAGUACCAAUAAGGAUUGAAAUUGAUCACGAAAAUUGGAGACUCCGUGAUACUUUCAUCUGGAAUGCAAAUGAGACCGUCCUUCGACCUGCUACAUUCGCCGAAGGUCUUUGUAGUGAUUUGAAAAUCCCAAUCAGACCAUACGCUGAUCAAAUUGCGAACCUCAUGCAACAACAAAUUGAAGAGCACCAAGCGGUUAUUGAAGUUGACGUUAGAACCAAGCAAGUUGAAGAAGUCGAUGGUCAACCUGAAGAUCAGGAUAUUGCGAUGAAUUUAGAGACUGACUUGAGAGUCAUAUUGAAUCUCGACAUACAAUUCGCCAAUUUCCACCUUACUGACAAAGUUGAAUGGGAUUUAUGUUCCCCAAUGCCACCAGAAGUGUUCGCCGAGACAUUAUGUUUAGAUUUAGGACUAUCAGGUGAAGCAAAAGCAGCUAUAGCUCAUGUAAUCCAUGAAGAGUUGAUCCGACACAAAAAGGAGGCAAUCGAAUCAGGAUUGAUGGGUGCAUCUACAGGUCAGAGAUCAGAUUUGGAUCACCCACUCUUCAAUGGUAAAGGCCCAAGAAAAUUAGAAGGCGUUUGGAGAGAUUGGCACGAAGCUGAUGAGUAUAUCCCGCGAUUGGAGUAUUAUACAGCCCAGGACAUCGAGAAACGCGAACUCGAAAGAGAAAAGUCCACAAGGUGA